GUUUGUUGUGUUGUUUGUGAUCCCACGUUUUAAUUAGAUCUAAUUAAAUCUAAUUUUUUCUAGUAUUUCUCAAACAGAUACAUAAUAAAUACUUUUAUUAUUGGUUUCGGCUUCACACAAACUAUAAGUUAAUAUUACAUAUUAGUGUAACCAUCUUGUUCACAGUGUGUCACAAUGUCCAGUGUAAGUGAAGAUGCUUGGGCAUUGCUUGCCCUUAAAAGCUCUUCAAGUCCUUCAAGCCCUUCUCGAAUUUAUAAUAAAAAUGGACAUGAUACCGGUAAACCUAUAGCUAAAUUGGAGACUCGUGACUUUGAGUACAUGAUAAGACAAAAACGGAUUAUAAUUGGUCGUAAUUCAAGUAACGGUGAUGUUGAUGUUAACAUGGGUAACAGUAGUUUCAUUUCAAGAAGUCAUAUUGAAAUUUAUUACGAAGCACCAUAUUUUUUUAUGAUUUGUAAUGGUAAAAAUGGAGUCUUUGUUGACGGUGCUUUCCAGCGAAAAAGUGCACCUCCGCUGCUAUUACCUAAACAAUGCGUUCUACGUUUUCCAAGUACCAACAUUAAAUUAAUUUUCCAAUCACUAGUUGAUGAGAAAGGAAAUGAGAACAGUAAUACCAGCAAUGGCAAUGGCAAGGAUUUGUUGACUCGUGAACCUCAUAAGAUGGCUCCGCUCAGAGUGAACAUUUCCGAACCUUCAGAACCUGAUCUUGCAAGUCCCAUACCGUCUCCAACCGGCACCAUAAGUGCUGCAAAUUCUUGUCCUACUAGCCCUCGAUCUGGAUCAAGGUAUCGUAACAGUGGAGUAACCAGUGAUUUGCAAGCUAUGGUUGAAUAUGCUGCAGCAGCAGUUACAUCAGAGGAACAUCGAGUUCAAGCUAAUAUGAUUGUGACUUCUGUAACAACUGAUAACAGUAAUAGUGCUAACAAGUCUUUAGGAAUCAAUUCAAAUCUUUCCUCUUCACAGACUAGUAAUCAUGACUAUUACUCUCAAUCUUCAUCGACUUUGAGCCAUUGUCAAGUUGCUGCCAAUGAAAGCGUUUCCGACAGUCCGAGUGUUAGAGGUGGAAAUGGUGAAAUUGACGAGACUAAACCACCUUAUUCUUAUGCUCAGUUAAUUGUUCAAGCUAUCUCUAGUGCUUCAGACAAACAAUUAACUCUCAGUGGUAUAUAUUCUUUCAUAACCAAAAACUACCCUUACUAUAGAACUGCUGAUAAAGGUUGGCAAAACUCUAUACGACACAACUUGUCUUUGAAUCGCUACUUUGUAAAAGUGGCGCGAUCUCAAGAAGAGCCCGGGAAAGGCUCUUUUUGGAGAAUAGACCCCUCAUCGGAGCCAAAGCUUGUUGAGCAAGCUUUUAAAAGAAGAAGACAGCGUCCUAUAUCAUGUUUUAGAAAUCAAAUGAGCAGCUCAAGAUCAGCUCCAGCUUCACCCAAUCAUUUAGGUGGCGGGGGAGGAAACGGCUCUGGUUUAGUUACACCAGAUUCACUCUCUAGAGAACCAAGUCCAUCUCCCGAAAUCGUUGAAAAUGAUGCAAACCAACUUAUGGGUCCUCCAACCGCGUCAUUCCUUACAGUGCCAAGUGAUUAUAAAUUGUCAAAUAAAUCUGCUCCAGGGUCACCAGCAGGUAUUACAAUAACAACUGAUUCAGGGGUGUUUACGAGUACCGGAGUAACUCAAUUUCAGAAAAAAGAAAUAAUUUUUCCAAGUGGAAAUAACCGUAAUUCAUCACCUAGGGCCAUCGCUGUCGAUAAUAAUACAGUUAUUUUGCAGUCGACAUUGAAAUCAACCCAUCAAAGUGUAAAUCCUGGACAAACUUCAACAGUAAUUGUUCAAACACCCCAAGUAACGUCAGAAAACCAUCUUGUUGAAUAUGUUACUAAUGUUCCAGGAAGCAAUAGUUCAGUUAUUUCUCGAGUCUAUGGCUCUGAAGGGAACGCUUACGUAACUGCCCCAACAACUAUUUCAGAAGUAGUAACGACAACUGUGUCGGCAAGUAAAAGACCAUACGAGACUCCCAUUGAAGACGUUAACGAUGAAAAAGACGAAUUUCAUAAUCUCGAUGAAGAAAAUGAAUCCGCUUUACAAGCCAAAAAACUCAAACCCGAUGACGAAUUGAUACCAGAAGUGGAAACUUUUGCAACCACAACAGUAACAGUGGGAACAACAACCAUCAUACCAACACCGGAAUCAAUUACGACAACAAUAACGACCUCUCCAACAACAACCAUUGACGAAUCAAACAAUAACAACGACGUUUCAGUGUUCAGUCCGGACUUUAAAAAGUCACUUCAGUCUAACUAACAGACGAGUUAGAUGUAACAAUUUUGCAAAUAUUCACCUGAUGAACGAUUAUCAACUUUUACUUUCAAAAGAAGCUACAUUUCGCUAAAUUAUCAGACAUCUAUUAAAACAAAAUAUGGAUCAACUACACAGCAAAGAUAAAAAAUGCCAACAGCUCUGUUUAGCCAUCUCUUCCAUGACUUCGAUACCCUCUCUCGCCCUCUUUCUUCUCUCUUCUAAUAUAUAUAUAUAUAAAUAUACUUUUCUCUCGAUUCCUUUCCCCAAAUAACUCAUACACAUAUUCAUAUAUAUAUGUACACUUCUUACUUUGCCUCGCUUACCUUUCAUUCACAUCAAAAUCCAUCGACUUGUUACAAUGGCAUAACAUAUAUUAUAGUGUUGGAAUGUAUCCAUUGCAUUUCAAAUUCAAAAUUUUUCUUGCAAAAUUCGUUAGAUUUCUAAGAGGAGAGAGAAAAAGAGGACCGAAGAGACUUAACAAAAGAAAGAGAUGAAUUAUUGAAAAUAAGAAAGGGUUAAUAAUUUGUAUGUAACCUUAUUAAGAGUGAUCUAAUAUGUUGACUUGUUUUUCUCCUCUUCCAUCGGUGUAAAAUAUAAGAAACUAACUUUAAAUACUUCAUCCUCAUCUUUAAAGGAAAAAGAGACAAAUGUUUUUGUUGUUUUCAGAGAAAAAAAAUAUAUGUUAAUUAAUGGAAAGAUGAUAUUCUCUUCAGCUUAUUUCUUCUUUUUUCUAGGUACAAUCACCUUUCUUCGUCAUCUUCUGAGUUGAGCAUUUUGUGUUUUUUUUCUCACUGCAUCUUUAAUUCCUUUUCCUCAACAUAACCUCAAUGUUUAUAUUUGCUGUCUCUUUUGUAAACAACUUUUUUCUUCCUUGUUUUUUCUCUCCCGGUUAGCCUAUUUCGUCCUUUUGUUGCUACUGUUUAGUCCUUUUCUUAAUUCUAACCAUUUACGUCUGUAUAAAUAUGUGUAUACAAUUAAUGCUAACAAAACACAUUUAUAUAUA